AUGGCACUCGCAGAUAUUGACCAGUCGCCUUUCGAGCACCUGUUCGACUUAGAAAGCAUGCCCGCGUGCCCCGCCAAUGGCGACAUAGACGCGGCAGUCGAUUCGUUUCUCAAUCUCCCCGCCACAGCCUUUCCGUGGACCCCCAGCGACAACAACGCCGGGGCCCUCAAACCCGAGGCUCCAGUAGCCGCGAAUCUUGGUGGUAAGCCCGCCGGAAAGAGCGGCGGGAAGAGCGGAAAAACGAAGGCGAAAAAGGCGGCGCAGCGCGAGACGCAGAAGCAGCUGCUCGCGGCAAUCAUGGAGGCCCUCGCCGACUCAGACGACACCGACGAGCCGUCCUCGCCAGAAUCCCCCGUCGCCCCUUCCCCCGCCUCAGCAAAGUGCGCCAAGCAGGCUCCCGGCGACGUCGCGUCGUCCCGCCGGUUACCGCAAUUGGACAGUCUGAGCAACAGCAGCCCCGCGAGCAGUGGUAACCCGUCUUCCGCGCUUCUCGAUUCGUUCCUGGGCCAGCUGCCGCAAGUGGAUAUGCACCUCGAUGCGAUCAUCGCCGCACUUGACGGGCCGGCAGCCGACGCGGCGCAGCCGGCGGCGGGUCAGACGGGGAGCAGCAGCGCAGCGGUGGCGCAGCUGCGGGCUCGCAAUAACGAAGCAGAAAGGGUGCUUAUGCGCAGCAGCAGCACCAGCAGUGUGGACAGCUCUGUCGCGGAAGCCGCCGCUGCCGCCGCCGCCGCGCUGGCCGCAGGGUCGCGGAAGCGCAAGGCGUCGGAGAGCGAGGUGGUUUCCCCCGCAGCGGCUGUUGCCCCUAGCGCAGCCGUGGGCAGUAACGAGGCGGAGGUUUCUCGCCAAAUGCGCCGCGCGCUUGGCGCUGCCAUCCUAAGCAGCGGACCGUGCCCCGCACCCGCUGCUUUUCCCGCUCCCGCGCCUCCCCCGGCCGCGCUGCCAGUGGUUAGUCACGCCUAUCCCCUCGGAAGGACCGUCGGCCAUCACGGUCCGCUGCAGAUGCCGAUUCGUCUGCCCACCGCUCCUUCCGUCGCGCCUGGGCCACUAGCUAUCCCCGCGCCUGACGCAGCAGCUUGCAUGAACAAUGACAACUCAGAUGAUGACAUGGCGGGUUUUGGCGGGAGUCCCGCGUGCGGAGGCGUCAAUGGUGCAGCGGAUGAUGGGGAUGAUUGGAUGCCGCGCAGCCGCGGGCGCAAGGACCGGCAGGUGGCGGGCGGGCGCAUUAAGGCGCGGAGCAUGGCGGAGAGGCAGAGGCGGGAGAGGAUCAGCGAGGGUCUGCAGAAGCUGCGCAUGGUAGUGCGCGGGCACGGGGACACGGCCACGAUGCUUGAUAAUGCCGUCGCGUACGUGGACGCGUUGCAGCGCAGACUGUGUUUGCCUCUUUCGCCUAUCACUAUGGAAUCAGCACCGCAUCUGAUACUACCCGACGCUGAUGAAUUCGUGCGCGCUCCACACGCCGCAAACGGUGCAUUGCCGUUUGCCCCGAAGCUCAACAACGUGGAUGGCGCCGUCGAGGACGGCGACAUUCACGCCGCAAUUAACUCGUUUCUCGCUAUUCCCAACAGCUUCUGGGACUCAUCACUCCCGCCUUUUCUGGCGGCAGAACCUUCGCCAACCAAUGAAAGCGCGGAGGCCGCUGGAGACGCUCUCAGAGGCGCGGCGGACGAAAGCGGAAGCAAGCGGCGCAGCGACACGGCUGCUAGCGCUCAAACGGAUGAUAACGCGAUUUGCAUUGGCGACGCGAAAGAUGCGAAUGCGACGGCGAUGAAGCAAAUUUCGGACGAUAUAAAGCGAGAGGCCGCGGAACUGCUGCGACGGAACGACGCUGACUCCGAGUUGCUCAAGCUUCGGGCGCUCGAGCGGCCUCCGGCACCCGGCGGCAGCAACGCGAAGAAGCAGAAGCAUCAUCAGCAGCGGCGGCACAAGGCGCAGCAGAACGUCAAGAUCCUGUCGGCGCUGAUGACGGCGCUCGCCUCGCUCGACCAGUGCUCCUCCGUGGGCUCUGCGGACGACGAAUCCGCACCCAACACGCCCUCCCCCAAACGGCGGAAGGCGGCGUGCGGAAAGACCGCCUUGGCGGCCUCCGCUGACGCACACGGCGGGAGUGGCAAUGCGGCGGAGGCCCCUGCGAAGACAGAGGGGCGGCCGUCGUCGUCUGAGGCUCCGCGUGUGCGUGGGCAGUCGGCGCGGAAUGGCAAUGCGAACGAGGCCAGCGCGGCGGCACACGGCAAGAUCUUCGCGGGGACGGGACGCGGAGCGAGGAGCAAGGUAGCAUCGCUACCGGGGCUCACCUGGCAAGAAGGAGAGCGAGUUCCCGUUCGAGACUUGCCGCGAGGCUUGGUGCAAGGGACGAUGCACGUGGAGGAAGAACAUAACGCAUGGAGCGCCAAGGACGAGAUCCCGAAAACGCCAGGGAAUCCACCACGAGUUGGCACCGGCAGGAGCCUCCUGGACGCGUUUCUUGCGGACCUGCCCGAGAUUGACGGGCAUCUGGACGCUGUUAUGACUUCCCUGUGCUCUGAAUCUGCUACGACUGGGUGCACGGGAGGUGCUUCGAAGGACAAUGCUGCUUGCGCGGGUGUGGAUGGCGCAUUCUUGCAGCCUUCCUCGCACCUCUCUCCGCCCAAGACUCCUGUGCUCAGCCACGCGCCAGGGUUUGCGCAUGCGCAUGAGAAACCUCUGCCUGUUGAUGAGACGUGCAAUAACGAGGAUGAAGGCGAUGAUGAGGACGACAGGCUGAGCACCAGCAGCAUUGACAGCGAGGAUGCAGCGGCUGCUGCAGCGGCGGCGACAGCUCUGGCCAUGCGAACGCGGACAAGAGUGGCGGAGGAGAAUCAUGCGCCUGAAACGAAAGCAGGUGCUCCGUAUCCGGACAAUGUGGCUCGGAUGAAGCGCGGGGCAGGGCAGCGACCUCCUCCUCUGACGCUGCCUGGUGCUCUAGAACCUGUUUGUAAUGGUUCCCCAUCGUCUCUCGGCAGUCCGUUUAACCAAAUAAAAGCGAGCACACCUGGUAACGGAGACUCGCCACGAUUCACGGCUUUUGGAUUUGGGGCGCCAUUCCUCUCUCCGAAGUAUGGUGCUGUGGGGGGGAAUGAUGCAGACGACUGGAUGCCGCGCAGCCGCGGACGCAAGGACCCGCAGGUGGUGGGCGGGCGCAUCAAGGCGCGGAGCAUGGCGGAGAGGCAGAGGCGGGAGAGGAUCAGCGAGGGGCUGCAGAAGCUGCGAAUGACGGUGCGCGGGCAUGGGGACACGGCCACCAUGCUUGAUAAUGCUGUUGCUUACGUGCAGGCGCUGCAGAAUAGAGUGAGCACACUCGAGACCACCAUGCUGCUGCACAAGGCAUCGUGCAAGAUGAAUGAAGAUGGGUUUGACAUUGCCAACAAUCGAGAGGCUCAUCCCACGGUUCCCAACAUCGCUCGUUCACCUGCGGCUUCUAAUUAUGUUGCCUCCGUUCGUCCCCCAUCCGCCGCGACUCCGCCAUGCACUGCGCCUCCGCCAUCCGCCGCGACUCCCCCAUCCGCUGCGACUCCGCCACCCGCCGCGAAUCCACCGUCUAAGGCGACUCCCCCGGGAGCCACCGUGAUCGAUCUCACUCGCACGUCGUCUUCGCGUCUCGUCGCACGCGUGUCGCAUCUGCACACGAUGCUGCGACGAGCUGUCGCGUGGCAGUCGCAGCAGCAGCAGGUUUUGCUUCGGAAGCAAAGCCAGGAGGAUCCGACAGCAGCGGCGGAUGCGACAGCAGCAGCAGCUGCGGCGACGGCGUUAUGGAAGUCGCCGGGAGGUCGAGAGGCGGCAAGCACUCUGAGCAAGACGCUGCUUGACGUGUCCAGGACCCUGGACGUGGCACUGGCGACAGAGCAGCGACCGGAGGGCAAGGAGGGGGACCUGAUCGAUGCAGUGAAGAUGGCCUGUCUCCUCAACACUGUCCCAUCUGUUCGCCCCGCUGUCACCGUCCUGCUGCUCUCUGUCAAGGCAGCAACGGCUGCUGGGUGGUUCUCAGAAGACCAGCAAACAAGCAUUCGAGGUUUCUGUGAUAAUGCUCUGAAGCCUUAUUCCUCCUCUCUCGCCCCUCGCCCCGCCUCUCUCUCUGGUUGGCUGGACGAAGCUCCAGGUCAGCCCCAUGCUGACGUGGCAGCUGAGGAGCAGAGGUUGCUUAGCAGGGAGGUAGAUCUGGGGGAGGUGCUGCAUGGCGUGGCAGGGUGGGCCGAGGAAGAAGGGAGGGAGAACGGGGAGAGAGGGGAAAGGGGAAGACAAAGGGAGACGCCAGGGAAUGCACAGGAGAUUGAAGGUGGUGGUGGGGGCAGGGUGCUAGUGGGGAUACGAAGAGGGGGAGAAGGGAGGGCAGAGGGAUAUUUCUGUGCGAGCGAGGGUGUUGGUGGUGGCACUGGUGGGAAGGGGAGUGCAGAUGUGAGUGGUGCCCUGCCUCUCACCACUGACCUUCUUCUGGAGCUCGUUGUGAAGAGAUUCCUCCCUAGUAUGAAAGUUGUUGAGGUCUGCACAGCGCUCACUGUACAGGUAAUAGCCAAGCCUCUGCCUAGCUUCGGGAAUGUGUUGUGUUCCUUGUCUGCUUCCUCCCAUGCUCUCUUGUCUGCUUCCUCCCAUGCUCUCUUGUCUACUCCCUCCAAUGCUCCCUUGUCUGCUCCCUCCCAUGCAAUCCUGUCUGCUCCCUCCAAUGAUGCUGCCUUCGUCCCCCCCUCCUGCAUCGCCCCUCAUUUCCCCCUCCCUGCCCCUCAUUUCCCCUUCUUCGCCCUUCAUGCCCCGCUCCCCACCCCCCAUUCCCCCCUCCCUCCAGCCUUCCAUGCUCUCACUCACCACUUCCUCGUCUCGCACCAUCCCAAGCCAGGCAUUGAGGCGCCUCAAAAGUCCUCACAACCAGGCUUCCAUGUUCUCACUCACGACUUCCUCGUCUCGCACCAUCCCAAGCCGCAGCAGAAACUGCGCUUCUUCUCCAUCCGAGCAGACUUUGUCAACUCUGCUGCCACCCUCGUCUCGCCGCCCCAAGUCAGUAUACUGCUGAACGCCAAGGAGGUCCCCAACAGAACAGCCAUCGACCAGGACCGUUCCCCGCUGGUACCUUCUGACGUCAUCAAGCUUCUGAGGCUCGGAGUGAACAUCUUGAACCUCAUUGGCCGUCUCUCAGUGCCCUACAUUUUCGUGGUGGCUGUGAUGGCACCCACCCCCCUUACCCCACCCUCCAUGCUCAAGCCCCACCCCUCUCAACUCAAGCCAACUCCCCACUCCUCUCAACCGUCCCAAGCCUCUCAACCCACUGCAAGCUGUCUUUCACAUGCUGCCUCUGCCAGCAGCCUUUCUACGCACACACACACAACUCCCUCUGGAGAAACCUCAAACGGUUUGCCGGACCGUGCAUUGACAGCGGAGGGGGAGAGGAGCGGUGACAGGGGGCAAGGAGAGCAGCCGCAGGGGCAGGCCCAGCAGCAGCAGCAGGGGCAAGAGGAGGAGGAGGAGGAGGAGUUGCUGGAGGGACCAGUUCGAGUGUCACUCUUGUGUCCAAUCAGUUGGUCUCGUAUGAAAGUGCCUGUGAGGGACCGAGCGUGCUCCCACCAUCAGUGCUGCGACUACAGCAGUGUGAUGGCAAUCAACGAGCAAAAGCCCAUGUGGAAGUGCCCCACAUGCCGUGCUGACAUCAGCGCCACGUCACUCUGUCUCGACACGCGCAUGAUGCAGGUUCUUUCUCAGAGCACUGCCAGCAUUGAUCAAACUGAUGUGCUGCUCUUUCCGGAUGGUUCCUGGCAGCUUCUACCCCAGGGUGGGGGCUUCUCACCCUCCCCGGCCUCCCCUCCCUCCAAGCGACGCCGGCUCGAUGCUGCUGCACCUGCUGCUGUGCUCCCAUCCCCCGCUCCUGCUGCUACAGCGCCACCAGCUGCUGAUACAGCACCAUCAUCUGCUGAUGCAACACCUUCACGUGCUGAUGCAACACCUUCACGUGCUGAUGCAACACCUUCACGUGCUGAUGCAACACCUUCACGUGCUGAUGCAACACCUUCACGUGCUGCUACAGUGGCAACAGGUGGAGCAGCAAGGGAAGUGGAGGGAUCAGGGGCUGUGGAGGAGCAAGGAGAAGGCAUUAUCGACCUGACUGAUGUUGGUGAUGAUGCCUUGGUUGGGGGUACCUGGGGGGCUGGGGGUGAUGUGAAGCCGUGGGUGGGUAUCGUACAAGGUCAGGCACUUCAUGUGGGAGAGGCAGCAGGCAGAGCAGCUCACAGUGUCCUUCCCCCACUCCCACACCAAGUGCAGCCUCGUGCGCCUGGACCUUCGAGUUCUGAGGCGCCUCAAAACUCACCUUGUGUGGGAGAGGCAGCAGGCAGGGAAGCUCACAGUGUUCUACCUCCACUCCCACCCCGGAUGCACUCUCGUGCGCCUGGGCCUGCUCCUGCUUCCAUUCAUGGCCCAUCCCUUGCUGCUCCAAAUGUUGGCAUUGUAGCAGUGGCCGAAGGGACUGUAGCACCAGCCCACCGUGUGCUUCCCGCACCCCCACACCAGAUGCACCCUCAUGCGCCUGGGCCUGCUCCUGCUGCUGCUGCUGCUGCUGCUGCCGUCCAUGCCGUUGCCGUUACCCCUGCUCUCUCUCCUGCUGCUCCUCCUAUUGCCGCUCAUGCUCUCCCUCCUGUUGCCCCUGCUUCAACCCAUGGCACUGCACAUGGCAGCCCAAUCGCCCCUUCCCCAGCUUCUGCUCUGUCUGCUCCAUGUGCCUCAUAUACUCCUCAUGUGGGCAUCGCCACUGCCAAUCACUCACAAGGGAUCCCUGCACAACCUUCUGCUGCCACACCCCCUGCUGCUGCUACGACACUUCCUGCUGUUACCACCCUCCCUGCUGCUGCUGCUGCUGCUGCUGCUGCUGCACCUGCCCAGCCUGCUGCCGCACCAGUUACUGGGCCUGCAUCUCAUGGUUGUUGGAUUGCCUCUCGUCACGUCGCUAGCAUGUCAUCAGCAUUUGCGGCCACGCCGCUUCCCGCGCCUGCUGACAUGGCCUGA